UGUUCAGCUGCGCCCAGAUAGGAACUACAAACCCCGCAAUCGCGCCCUAACCGCGACCUGGGCGAGCCUGACCUUCGUCAACGAAUUCGCUUGAAGCCGAUACCGUCGGCCCGCUCUCCUUCUUCCUCUCGACUCUUCUCCGACUGCCUCUCUUCCUUCCUCCUGCUCGCCGCUUCACCUCCCGUCUGCUCCGUUUGCUGCUGCUGCUGCAAGAUCAGUCUUCUUGCCUCUCUCCCCCCUUUCCCUCCGCUCAUGUCCUCGCCGGCGCUAUUUCCCUCCGCCGGUCUCAGGCUGGCGCCAACCGCAGCGGCCUCGCGGCCCGCUACCCAGGUCUUCCACCUCAAGCUCUCCGAAUCUGCCCUCGAGGAUGUGCUCCGCGCUGCCGAGCACGACCCUUCCUCUCUCAAGCUUCUUCUUGGCGACAAUCCCUCUAUCCGCAUAGCGGGCCACCUGCACUCGCUCUCGACCGUCCCCGAGCAGUCUCUUGUCGAUAUCUACGCCGGAUCAAAGGAUUCUGCAAAGUACGUCGGCAAGCUCUCGCACAGACUCGCCGUCGACAACCAAUCUCUAGACUCUUCUCGGAUCAAGUCCAGUGUGCGCGAGAAGGACUCUCUGAGAACAACGCUGCUUGAUCCUGCCCCCUCUCGCGCCUCCUCGCGCGCCCUCUCCUCUUCGCCACGAAUAACGCCGGCCUCGCCGCACCUUCCCAGCUCACUUCAUGUCGCUGCCAAAAGCCGCCCAACGCUCGCCCCCUCCUCUCCUCGCAACUCCCUCCGUUCUCUCGCCACUCGUCUUACACAUUUCCUUGCUCUCUCGGCGUCUGCCUCGCCAAAUCAACUCGCCGCUCGUACCAAGGCGCCGCUGGAGGAUAUCAAAGCCCUCUUAGCAGAAUACGCUGUGCCUAUCGGCGAUGCUUCGACUGACGACUGUCAAUACACUCUGACUGACGCAGCCUACCGAGACAUAAUUCGGCCAUGGGAGUGGCGUGCCUACAGUCCGGCAGAGCGGACAAAGGCAAUCGGGCGGGCCGAGGAAGCCUAUGAGCGAUUACAGAUCCCAAAAGACGAUCCGGUGUGGUUGAAUCUGGUAGAACCUGCGCUGCGGAAUUCUGGCGAGUCCGAAGAUAGCGUGCCAGUCCUGAAGCUCGACGAUCUCCCUGCUCCUCCACCGGCGACUGCGCCUGCGCCUUUGCCUCUGUCAUCAUCCUCUGCGGCAAAGGACGUGCCUGUCAAGCGCGCCGGUGGUGCGAUUCUGAAAACAAAAAUGCCGCCGACAAAGAAAGUGAAGGAAGAUCCGGCGGCCACAAAGAAAGAACCGAACAAGGCCUCGACAAAGACAAAAUCCCGACCGCUCAAGCGCGAGCGGGAAGAAAGCGGGACUUCUUCCGAGUCCGAUGUCGACCUCAUGUCGCGCCGAAAGCCGGAAGUUACAAAGAAAAGAAAAGCAGCGCCUGACACAACAGCAUCAGCGACCGCGACACCGACGCAGUCAGCGUCAGAACCUAUGCAGCGGUCAAGAUCCGAAAGCACGUCUUCGUCUGGUACAAAGUCUCCUCGCAAGCCAUCACCUUUGGGCGCCUCGCCGCCAAUCACGGCCGCAGAUCUGGCUGAGCCCAAGUCUCUUUCGCGACAAGUUGAUAACUACGAUGAGUACGAACUGAGGAAAAUGGCAAGGAGAUUCAAGACUCUUUAUGAAGAGUACAGGAGGCUUUAUCAGGAAGUCAAGCAGUACGAAAGUAUUAAGGACGGCACGGCCAAGAAGCAGCAACAGCAGCACAUGUCGCUCUCUAUAGGGAACGAACAUCAAUAUCUGGCCAAACGAGAUCGAUUGCUCAAACUGCACCACAAAUUGGAAGACUGGAAGACAACCCUGUGGCGCGCUGCUCCUCGGUUUAUGUAACCCAUCUCCACCAAUGCUUUUUUUCUUGAUCUCUUCAUUUGAUCUCGGCUUUUCCUUUUUAAGAUUUAUUUUUGCAUCACUUGGUAUGGUUUGAAAACACAGCGGGCAAAAGAAAACAAGCAGGACCCGCAACACU